ACAACUUUACUCCCUCUGUAAUUGAACGUCCUCUCAUUGAUUUUUUUCUGAAGCAGUAGAACCAAGCAUUGCAAUGGCUGGAAAAAGUGCCCCGGCGAUUGGAAUCGAUCUGGGUACCACGUACUCGUGCGUGGCUGUCUGGGAACACGACCGUGUUGAAAUCAUAGCUAAUGAUCAGGGUAACAGGACGACGCCGUCUUAUGUGGCUUUCACUGACACCGAGCGUUUCGUUGGUGAUGCUGCUCAGAACCAGGCUGCCAUCAAUCCCGUCAACACCAUUUUCGAUUCUAAGAGAUUAAUUGGUAGGAAGUACACUGAUCCAUCUGUAGAGUAUGACCUGAAGCUUUGGCCAUUCAAGGUCAUUCCUGAUCCUGGCAACAAUCCCAUGAUUGUUGCAUCCUACAAAGGGGAGGAAAAGCAAUUUGCACCUGAGGAGAUUUCUGCUAUGAUUCUCACAAAGAUGAAGGAGGUUGCUGAGGCCUACCUUGGGUUACCAGUAAAGAAUGCUGUUAUUACCGUCCCAGCCUAUUUCAAUGAUUCGCAACGCCAAGCAACUAGAGAUGCCGGAGCCAUCUCUGGCCUCAAUGUAUUGCGUAUCAUCGUUGAACCAACAGCUGCUGCGAUUGCUUAUGGUCUUGACAAAGAAUUGCUCAACAACACAGGCGGCCAGAAGAAUGUACUUAUUUUUGACCUUGGAGGUGGUACUUUUGAUGUUUCUCUUCUCACUAUUGAGAAGAGCAUGUUUGACGUGAAAGCUGUUGGGGGAGAUACUCAUCUUGGUGGAGAGGACUUUGACAAUAGAAUGGUGAACCACUUUGUCCAAGCGUUCAAGCGAAAGCACAAGAAGGACAUCAGUGGAAAUCCGAGAGCUCUUAGGAGAUUAAGGUCAGCUUGUGAGAGGGCAAAGAGGAUACUUUCCUCUAUUCAUCAGACAUCAAUCGAGAUUGAUGCUUUGUUUGAGGGUACUGAUUUUCAAUCAACCAUUACAAGGCCAAGAUUUGAGGAGCUGAACAUGGACUUGUUCAGGCAAUGCAUGGAGCCAGUUGAAAGCUGCUUAAGGGAUGCCAAGAUGGACAAGCAUAGCGUCCAAGAUAUCGUUCUUGUGGGUGGUUCAACCAGGAUUCCAAAGGUUCAGCAGUUGUUGCAAGAUUUCUUUAAUGGCAAGACCCUUUGCAAGAGCAUUAACCCAGAUGAAGCCGUUGCCUAUGGUGCAGCUGUUCAAGCUGCAAUCUUGGAUGGCAGGGGCAACCAGAAGGCUCUGGAUAUUGCACUUAUGGAUGUUACCCCAUUGUCUCUUGGUUACCAAACCAAGGGAGAGGUCAUGAAUGUUGUGAUCCCUAGGAACACCACCAUCCCUACGAAAAAGGAGACAACAUGUACAACAGCUUGCGAUAACCAGACUAGUAUAUUGUUUCCGGUGUACGAAGGUGAGCGAGCAAGAUCAACAGAGAACAAUUUGUUAGGUGAAUUCACGCUCGAGGGUAUUCCUCCAGCCCCUAGAGCAGUCCCUGUAAUCAAUGUCUGCUUUGAUCUGGAUGCCAACGGCAUUUUAAAUGUCUCUGCAGAGGAUGAAAAUACAGGGCAGAAAAGUAGAAUCACCAUCUCUUUUGAUAAAGGAAGGUUGUCAAGAGAAGAAAUUGAGAAGAUGGUCCAGGCAGCCGAGAAGUACAAGUUUGAGGAUGAGGAGCACAAAAAGAAGGUCAAGGCAAAGAUUGCCUUAGAGGAUUAUACAUACAACUUGAGAGACACCAUCAAGAGUAAGAACAUUAGUUCUAGUCUGUCAUCUGCUGACAUGAAGAAGAUUGAGGAUGCAAUUGAGGAUGCCAUGCAAUGGUUGGAUGGGAAUCAGCUUGGAGAGACGGACGAAUUUGAGGACAAGAUGAAGGAGCUUGAGAGUAUUACCAAGCGCCUUAUGAUUACGAAGAAGGACUAACGUGAUCCUUCCAAGAAGAAUUGAGCAUGGAACUUAAAAGUUUCCUUCUAAGAAGAAUUGGCACGGACCAUAAAGUUUUCCUUUUGCAUCAAAGGACUUAUUGACUUGGGAACGAAUCAAUCAACUAAACCAAAUUUAGUAAGUUGGAAGCUUGGGCUAAUUAUCCCAAGACUUGCUUUGGAAUAUGAACAACAAUAGUUGUGACUUUUAAUUAUUUGCACUUAAUCUUUUCCCCCAAUUUUCUAUGGGGUUCAUUCUU